AUGCCGAGAGCAAGCUACUGUGGCGGGGCGGUUGCAGGGCCUCCCAGCAGGGCUCAGGAUGACGGGAGCCUGCAGAAGCUGUUGGAACUGCAGAGCCAAGUGGGGACUAAAGCCUACAAACAACUGGUAACAGGAAGCAGCACUAAGAAGCAGAGUUGUAGACCACCUGUCCAAAAAGCAUGUGUUGCAGAUAAGCACAGGCCUCUGGAAAUGUCAGCCAAGGUCCGGGUGCCAUUUUUGCGUCAGGUUGUCCCCAUCAGUAAGAAGGUAGCCCGGGACCCCCGCUUUGAUGAUCUGUCAGGGGAGUAUAAUCCUGAGGUGUUCGAUAAAACAUAUCAAUUCCUAGAUGACAUCCGAGCCAGAGAGAAAGAGCUGAUGAAAAAGCAGCUGAAGAAGCGCCGUUCAGGGGAGGAGCAUGAGAAACUACAGCACCUGCUUCAGCGAAUGGAGCAGCAAGAAAUGGCCCAGAAGGAACGAAAGCGGCAGCAGGAGCUGCGCCUGGCCCUGAAGCAGGAGCGGCGGGCUCAGGCCCAGCAGGGCCAUCGGCCAUACUUCCUGAAGAAAUCUGAGCAGCGCCAGUUGGUCCUGGCUGAGAAGUUUAAGGAGCUGAAACGAAGCAAGAAGCUAGAGAGCUUCUUGAGUCGAAAGUGGCGCCGAAAUGCAGGCAAGGACAGACGACAUCUCCCUUUGAGCAAAGAGUAGUAAGCAUCCGUGCUCAGCUCUGCUGCUGCCCCAGUGAGAAGUGCAUCUGUGGGGACACCUUUGGGCUUGGCCUGUUCUUGUUCUUUCCCAUUCAACGGUAAGGUCACAGCUGCCUUGGAACUUGCCUGGCCCAGAGAUGAAUCGAAGCCUCUUGGACUGCCUAAGAGCUGAAAAGGAAGAGCAGCUGAGCCUUCUGCCAUGCCGCACUUUGUCUGCUUGGAUCUGGGUCAUUGUCCUCGUGUCCUCCUCCCAUCCUUGCCUUAAUGAUUCUGAUACAGAAGGAAAAGAACCUUGAGGCUGGUUGAAGGCCAGAGUCUGAGUGGCUCCCAGGACUGUGACUUCAUGCAGGAACCAGUUCAUAAACACUGCCGUGUC